AUGUCUACUAUCGCUCCCGUUCUUUGGAAAGUAAAUGAUGUGUCAUUAUGGUUAAGUGCGUUUAUUGACGACGAAAAUAUUGUUAAACGUUUCGAAGAAGCAAUAACAAUUGAUUCCGUCCAAAAACAGUAUACCAGAUUCUUGCUAGAAAUACGUGAACAACACAUUUUACCACAGAAUGUUAUCCAUUCGAUAACACACAAUGUUAUCUCAUUACUGGACAUUGUGCAGCAAUUAAUUGAAGAAACAUCAGCAAUAGCGCACCCUACAUGUACUUCACAGUAUCCGUCUACAAUUGGCUUAGAGAUUGUUCGUAAUACAAUAACUGAUGUAACAGAAUUAAUUAAAAGAACAACAAAAACAGAAUAUCAUUUUGUGCAGCUAUGUGAAAAAUAUUUCAAUUAUUGUGCACCGCGUGAAAUUAUAUUAUCAACAACCGACACCAAGAAACAAUCAUAUUAUUAUGUUCCAAUUAAAGAAUCAUUACAAAAUAUUCUUAGUAAAGAAGGAAUGAUACCACUUCUUCGUGAUAAUAUUGAACAACAGCAACAGCAAAUAACAAGAGACGCAGAUUUAUUAUAUUCGUUUCGACAAGGUACAAAUGGUACAAAUAUUGAUCAAAAUUCUUUUUUAGUACAAUUAUAUACCGAUGGUGUAGGGUUGACCAAUCCCAUCGGCCCCAAGAAGGAUCAACACAAGAUAACACUGGUGUAUUUCGUACUGGAAGAUAUUCCAGACAUUUUUAAAUCAAUGUUACAAUGUAUCAGUCUGGUAGCUAUUUGUUACACAAAAUAUUUAAAUGAUGAUGAUACAAUGAAACAAUUUUAUGCACCAAUUGUUAAAGACAUGAAUGACUUGCAAACAAAUGGUUUAACAGUACCAACAGUUAGUGGUAAUUUAAAAUUUACAUUUACAGUACUAUGUGCUGACAAUCUGGCUUCCAAUGAUAUUGGAGGGUUUCAGCAAUCAUUUUCAAGUGGAAAAUUCUGUCGACGAUGCCAUAUCUCGUAUGAUGAACGUACAAUUUUACGAACAGAAUUAACACUUAUUCCACGUGAUGAAACAACACAUAACCAACAUUUACAACAAAUUAUGAAUGAUCCAAAUCAUCAACCAAUUAAUGGUGUUGUGCAUCGAAGUCCAUUAGAAGAUUUAGAUGGCUUUCAUGCAACAAAAUCGUUGCCUCCCGAUGUGAUGCACGACUAUUUUGAAGGUACUAAUCCUUACAUCAAGUAUUGGUAUUUUGUAAAGUUUUAUUUACUUUUAGGGGCUUGCACAAUAAUUAUUUUGGCAAUGCUCAAAGAAGCAUCGUCAUCAAACCCAAGGCUAUUGACAUAUGGUCAAGUACAAGAUAGAAUGGAAAAUUUUGUUUAUGGCUCAAUGGAUGCUGCCGAUAAACCACCACCAAUACAGGUGAAACAUUUACAAAACGGUAGAAUUGUGGGUAGUGCUAUACAAAAGUUUACAUUAUUUCGCUUAUUUCCAAUUAUGUUUUGUGAUAUAACACUACGACUGAAAACGUUUCAAAUUUAUCUUAAACUAUGUGAAAUGUUGGAAAUAGUACUGGCACUACCGGCACGAAAAUCAUGGCUACCUUAUUUGGAAACACUUAGUAUUGAGUUUCAAUGUUUAAUGGCUACUUUAUUACCCGAUAAAAUGGUACCAAAAAUACAUUUUGUAACUGAAUAUGGUACAGUCAUUGAUCAAUGUGGUCCUGCCGUCAGAUACUGGUGUAUGAGGUAUGAGGGGAAGCAUGCCUAUUUUAAAAAAAUAGCAUUACAUGCCAAUAACUUUAAGAACAUGCCGAAAACAUUAGCACAACGCCACCAGUUACGACAUUGUUUAUUAUUAUCACAAUGUCAGUUCUUAAAAUCAUAUAACCAUGUUAGUGGUGUUAAAAAAAUUGAAAUCCAUCAAUUGAGUCAAGCAGUGAAAACAUUAUUAGGUGAAAAAUAUGGACUGCAAUUACAAUUAUCAGUAGAACAAAUGCAACAAUGUUCAAAAUUAAACUAUAAUCAUCUAUUAUAUCAACAAGCAACAAUAUAUGUGCAUAAUUUAUUACAUGUAGAAGAAACACCGGUAUUUUUUCAAAUCGUACAUAUAUUGAAAAUAAAUCAACAAUGGACAUUGGUGGUGGAUCAAUUAAUAACAAUUGGUUAUGAUGAAAAUUUAUGUUGUUAUGAAUUAAAAUCAGAUAAUUUAUUUACAACAGUAUUACCACAAGAAUUAAAAUAUUAUCAUAAAGGACUAGAUCUUUAUGAAAUUAGUGGUCAAGAAGAUGUUGAUGGCGCAACGUUAUUAUUAAUGAAUACAUUUGAAACAGUUAGUCGUUUAAUACAAAAAUAUAAAUUACAAUUGUUAUUUUUAAAUGAAUACAAGAAGUUAUUUCCUGAUAGUACUGAUGAAGAAAAGGCUAAACAAAAUGUUGUUAUUGAUCAAAAAUCAUCUAUUGUUGAUUUAACAUCUAUUACAUCAUCAUUAUCGCCUACAGCGUCAUCAUCUCCAACUUUAUUAUCUUCAGCAUCACCAUCUCCAAUUUUAUCAUCAGAAAAAUUUGAACAACAGCAAAGAACUGUUAGUCAAUCUGCAAAAGACAUCGAAAGUAAACAAUGCAAAAUACUAGGUGAAAUAUAUGUAGUACCAGAUUUACCAAGAUCAUUACAACAAGCUAUCAUUGAUCAACAAACAUCAAAAUUUUCAAACAUUGUAGUUUUCGCCAAGUAUCCAAGUAGUAAACAAUACGAUUGCAUAGCACGUGGUAUUAUAAAUUGUUUACGAAUUCAAGUGAACGAUAAAGAAAUGAAUUCGUGGAGAGAAACAAUGAAAGCUAGAUUUAAACGUGAAAGAAAACAAGUAGCAGACAUCAAUGAAGAAGUUAAAAUGCAUAAAGAAAAAUAUUCAAGAUUAGCUUCUGAUCGUCCUAUUGUGUUGCAAAUUAAUCAAGAUGAAAACGAUGAAGAGUUAGAAGAGGUUACAUCAAAAAUGAAACAAGAAAUUGAAAAAGAACGACCUGAUUUACAAAUGGUAUUAGCAUUAUGGCGUAAAUCGUUACGAUAUCGUCGUGAUUUCAUUCGCGUUAACAAAAUAUCGGAUGUUUUAACAAAAUUUCCUGGAUACAGAAUACCAGUACAUACACCAGUUAACAUUUCAAUUCCAGCUAUAGCUGGAAUAAAAUUAGCAUCAUUAUUUGAUAAAUUAGUUUGUACAAGUUUCGUUUUUGAUGCAACACCAAUUCGUUUAGUCAAAGUUUUAUGUCAGUUACUUGAAGAAUCAUGGAAAAAUGAACCAUCUAGUCCUCAACCAACAAUACGAAUACAUGAAGAUAAAAUACAAUUGUUUGUUGAUUGGACUAUUAUUGUUGAACCUGAAACAAUAGAAGAUGCGGUGUAUCUAUGGAUAGCAUUAUAUAAUUUAUUUGAACUGAAAUUUGUAUCUCAUAGUCGUGUAGCAAGAUUGUUGAAAUUACUUAAAGAACACCAUUACGAUUUGGAAAAUGAACACCAGUCAAAUAUUACAACAUCAACAGCAAUAUCAUUAGUAACAAAAAAUAAUUCAACAGAAUCAUCAGAACAACAAUAUACAGAAAAUAAAUUAAAUAAUUUAACCAAAAAAACGCAAGCUGAUGGAAAAGAACGAUCAGAAUCAUCUGAUAAAGAAGAUGAAUAUGAUGAGAGUGAAAAUUAUAGAACAAAAAGAAAACGAAGUAUAUCAUUAUCUUCUGAACCAACAAAAGAUGACGCUUCUUCGUUACCACCGUCAAAGAAAAUACUUGCUAAACCUGCAUCAAUAUUAUCAAACACAAUACCAAAAAAACAUGCACCCAAAAAGCUCUCGUCGAAAAGAAAAAUCUUUAGCCCAUUCUUGGACGAAGAAGAUGAUGAGAACAAUGAUCAUACAACAACAACGAUGAUGCCAAGAACACAACCAGUACCAAAUUUAACAAUUACUGUUCGAAAAAGGAAAAAAUAA